ACAUUUGUGCAUCCAUGCCUUGUUUAAACGGAGCUACCUGCUCUUCCCGUGUAGACACCUUAACGUGUAGCUGUUCUGAGGGAUUUGAUGGAACCAGAUGCGAGCAUGAUAUCGACGAGUGUUUGUCAAACCCAUGUGCUUAUAAUGGUACCUGCGUUGAUGGAUUGGCAACAUUUACUUGCCAAUGUCAGCCUGGAUACAGUGGAACGCUUUGUAAUUCAAAAAUAAAUGAGUGUGAGAGUUCACCAUGCAGAAACGGAGGUGUAUGUUUAGACCGGGUAAAUUCGUUCACCUGUAACUGUCCACUUGGAUUCGCCGGCGUCGACUGCUCUGAUGGUAACGGACCCACGUGUUUUUCUUGCGCUCAUCUCGGAAUGGCAGAGACAUGUACUUCUAUAACUACAUGCCAGUCAGAUGAGGUUUGUGUAACUGAAACAUAUGAAAAAUCUGAUGGAUCUCGAAGAUAUGAUACUGGAUGUCGAAAAGCCAAUGUUUGUAUGUCCGGGUCUUCUGAUGGCACCUGCACUCAUUGCUGUACCUCAAACUUCUGCAACCACCAAGGAUGUAGCGUAGUGGGACACGGCAUUAGAAGUGAUCGCGGACCUUUGUGUCUAGACUGUGAUGACAUAGAAAACAUGGCCCUCUGCAAAAACAUAGCCCCUUGCGCCAAGGACGAAAUUUGCACCAUCUACGGAAGUCCUUUUACACACUUUGACGGAAAAUGCGUGAGCAAGAACUUCCAGUGCCCGGGCGUGGCAUCCGCUGGUGGAUUCUGCCAGUCAUGUUGUGACCAGGAUAUGUGUAACACUAACUGCACCAGACCAGCCGAGGUCUCCAUUGUUGGAUAACAUUUGAUGGUCCACUUUCGCAAGGGAUUUAAGACCAAGAGGAAUCUUACCAUGACACACAUGACCCAUGCCUACUUCGGUCCCUAUUGUUGAAAAAUCGAUCAUGUGACAUUAUGUUGAACUACAUAGUACGGUGUCUGAUUCUCUUCAUUUUUUAUCUAAACUAUGAUUGUAGCAUAUAUGCUGAAGCACCAAUGUGAUGUGAUGUGUCA